AUGACAAUCAUCAAAGACUCUCUCCACUCGCUGGAGAUCCCUGUGCUGCUCUCCCUCUCAAAGAUGUCGAUUCUCUCAAGUCUCUCCAUUCUGCUCUCCUCACUCGUAGUAUAUCUUGCCUCACUCGUCUUCUACCGUCUCUACCUGCACCCACUGGCAAAGCACCCCGGCCCAUUCCUUGCACGGAUCACAGACUGGUACAAUGUCUACCACGCCUACCUCGGCGACCGCCAUCUCGCCCUGCACAAUGCCCACCUCAAAUACGGCCCCGUCGUCCGCUUCGCCCCAAACCUCAUCUCCAUCAACACCUCCACAGCCCUCAAGACCAUCUACGGCCACAGCCCCGCCUCGCGCUCGCUGCAAAAGGGGUCCUUCUACUCGGCCUUCCCCGCCGUCAAGGGCGUCUACAACACGCACAACUGCAUCAACAAAACCGAGCACGGCCGCAAGCGCCGCGUCCUCUCGGCCGCGUUCUCGGAGAAUGCGCUGAAGAGCAUGGAGGACCUUGUGCUGGGCAACAUUCAGGUGUUUGUAGACGAGAUUGAGAGGCGCAGUGUGCAGCUGCGCAAGGGCAUCGAUAUGGGCGAGAUGUUUAGCUGGCUGACGUUUGAUGUUAUGGGGGAGCUGUGUUUUGGGAAGAGCUUUGGCAUGUUGAGGGAUGAGACGACGAGGUUUGUGACGCACUUGAUUGCGCAGGCGGCGCAUAGCCACUAUAUCAACGGAAACUACCUCCCCCUCGCCACGCUCAAGAUCUCGCGUAUCCUCUUCCCCACCAUCCAGCGCGACAGAUGGCGCUUCAUCCAGCACUCGCGCGGCUGCGCCAACGAGCGCAUGAAGCUCGGCGCCGACUACAAAAAGGACUUCUUCCACUACCUCCUCGACGCCAAAGACCCCGAGACCGGCAAAGGCUUUGAAACCGCCGAGCUCUGGGGCGAAGCCAACGUUCUCAUGAUUGCCGGCUCCGACACCACCGCAACCGCGCUCGCAGCAACACUCUUCUACCUCCUCCGCAACCCGACGAAGCUCGCCACGCUGCAGAAGGAGAUCCGCAGCGCGUUCGCCAGCGCGGACGAGAUCGUGGGUGGGAAACAGCUCACGGACUGCCACUACCUCAAGGCCUGCAUCGACGAAGCCAUGCGUCUCGCGCCCCCCGUCCCCGGCCUGCUCCCCCGCGAGGUCACGGCGCCGGAAGGAAUCACUGUCGAUGGCGUUUUCCUCCCCUGCGGCACCGUAACAGGAACCCCCAUCUACGCCCUCCACCACAACCCCACCUACUUCCCCUCACCCCACGCCUUCGACCCCGAGCGCUGGCUGCAACCAUACACAACCGCCGACGCCAUCGAGUCCGCCCGCGCCGCAUUCACGCCCUUCUCCAUCGGCCCGCGCGGCUGCAUCGGCAAGUCUGUCGCGUACGUCGAGCUACGGCUUACGGUUGCGCGACUGAUGUGGGAGUUUGAUGUGGAGGAGGUGGUGCAGGAGGGGAAGGGGGUGCUGUGGAGGGAGGGCGUGGCGGUGCGGGAGGGGGAGUUUAGGUUGUUGGAUCAUUUCACGAGUAGGAAGGAGGGGCCGGUGGUGGUGUUUCAGAGGAGGUAG